ACAAGAUUUAACUAGCUACCGACGAUUUUUAUUUUUGCAUGGUACUCUUUUUUUCAGACAAUUCAUCAAACCCUCAUUCCUAACUCCUAAAGGUCCUUCUCCUCUCAGAAACUUCCUCCACUCUAGUCUCUCCAAUGGGGGAUCCUAAUUCGCUCAUUUUAUCUCUUCCUUGUUUACUACUCACUACGUUAGCUCUUCUCCACUACCCCACCUACUCCGUCGCUCAGACGCUCUUCGUCUUUGGCGACGGCUACUACGACGCCGGCAACAAGCAGUUCCUCUCCGGGAACCGUGUCGACGCCAAUUCUCCCCCGUACGGAAUUUCCGUAGGAGAAGCUACUGGACGGUGGUCCGAUGGCCGUAUCGUUCCAGACUAUCUCGCUGGAUUCAUGAGUAUCCCAAGAAUCCCACCGAUCCUCCGCAGCUCUGCGGAUUUCAGUCACGGAGCUAGCUUCGCUGUCGCCGACGCCACCGUCCUCGGUUCCCCUCUCGAAACUAUGACUCUGUCUGAACAAGUUAAGAAGUUCUCUCGAAACAAGAACAAAUGGACUGAUAAAGCUCUGUCAGAAGCUAUCUACUUAACUUACAUUGGCUCUGAUGAUUACUUGAACUAUGCCAAGAGUAACCCAAAUCCCUCUGCUGAUCAAAAGCAAGCCUUUGUGGAUCAAGUCAUCACUUCCAUAGAAGCCGCAAUAAAGCUCGUUCACGAAGCGGGAGGGAGGAAGUUCGCCUUCCAAAACUUACCACCUUUAGGCUGCUUACCUAUGGUUAAACAAGAGACAGGAAACGAGAAAGACUGUGUCAAGUUGCCUUCAGAAAUGGCAGCAUUGCACAACAACAACUUAUUGAAGCUCAUAGAGAAACUAGCACAGGAUCUUGAGAGUUUCCAGUACUCGUUCUACGAUUUCUUCAGCUCAGUCCAGAACAGAGUUUUCGAGCCCGAGACUUACAUAUUCGGGACAGGAACAGCUGCUUGUUGCGGGACAGGGACUCUAAAGGGGACAGAUUGUGCAGCCAAAAACGUGUGUGUCAAUCCAAAGGAGUACGUCUUCUUCGACGGUAAGCAUUUGACGCAAGAAGCGAACUUUCAGGUAGCCCAUUUGAUGUGGAAUGCAGACCCUCAAGUCAGUGAACCCAACAAUCUCCGUGAGCUUCUCGUAUUUCCUCUCGACAUACCAUUCAUCUACAAUGUCAAAAGGCUUGACCAAGUUGGUAAAACUGGCUCCUUUGUGAUAUAAAACCUAAUAAGGUUGUGUAACUGAAAUAAUCAAGGCCAGGGUUGUACGCAUACUGGCACGUCUUAAGAUGCUCUACUGUUUGUCGAGUAUAUAUACAUAUAUGGGCAACUUAAGGAAAAUAAUAAAUAUUUGAUUAAUAUA